CUCCCCAUACACCCCAUUCGAACCCCCAAAGAGAUAAGAGAGCAAGGGAAUCCACACAACCCAAGAGAGGAGGAAGGAGGAGAGCAGUCCGCAGGUUCGUUCUUCAGGGCGUAGCUCUGAUUGUUUGAGCCAUAACUUGAGAUUUACUCAUCCAAAUAAGGCGUGCGAGAUACCAACAGAAAGCUCUCAAGACUAGGAAUCCGUGAAGGUCUGGUUUGCAUCAAUCGGAGUAGUGGAAGGCUUCCAAAUCGACCGAGCAAAACACGACCUCGCAGAAUACGUUUUUGUAUUCAAAGGAACGAAUUCGUCGGGAAACACUCGUUCUAGGGACUGUUUUUGCAUUUUCGGUUAGGAGUUGAACUAGCACUUUGAGGGGGCUGUUUAACACUCAAUUCCAAGCAAGGAAUCAGUUCUCAAACCUUCUUGGCCGAGGCUUUGGUCGUUGGAGCGAGAAGGAAGGUUUUAAAGCACAUUUGAGGUUGAGGCUAGAGCUUGCUUCCUGUGCUCGUUGCUCGAGAGAUCAUAUAGGAGGGAAGACUUGCGAUGGAGGGUGAUGGUGGUAUUAUGAAUAGGGAGAACUCGGAAGGGUUUGCACCGGGUGGAACCGGGCAUGCCAACCGAGAAAAGCCCUUAGGACCAAAGGUGCACGAAACUCUUGAAGCUCAAAUCGUGAGUGGUGUUCAUGUUAAGACCAAGGAAGAAUCACCUUGUUAUGGCAAAACUGAACCACUCAAGGCUUCGGGUGACGAAGGAGAUGAUUUGAGUGAUGAGGACCUUGAUGGUGCACCCAUUGAACAAAUGGGCAUGGUCAUAGAUUGGCUUCAACGUGAACGUGUGAGGCUUAUACAAAAACGCCAAGCUAGGCAAGCUGAGGGCAUACCAUUAGUAAGGAAAAGGAAGCGGGGAGACAACGAUUCCCAAAGACAUUCAAGGAGGACAAACGUUGAGGGUGACAAAACCUUCAGGGCGCAGACACUAUCACUUGAGUGGAGUCGAGGCUUAGGUGGCCCGAACUCGAGGUCAAAAGGUCCGAGGGUACCUAAGUGCAACAAUUGCAAGAAACACCACUCGGGUAAGUGUCAGGACCCUCCCAGGUGCUAUCAAUGCACAGAGGUCGGGCACACGAGAGUGAGUUGCCCACAAAUUGUGCAAAACCAAACUUCGGGGUCAAGUGGUGGAACUACAAGAAAUGAAAACCAAACCGAGGUUUCUCAAGGGAGCAGGGGACAUGGGGGAGCAAGCACGAGCAACGCGCCAUCCGUGAACCAAGGAAGGACCCAAGCUAGGGUCUAUGCGAUGACAGAGGCGGAUGCUCAAGCUAACCCGGAUUCCGUUGCAG